AUGUCUUCAGCAGGACGUGGCCGCGGCGGCAAGUUCAACAAGGUCAAGCGCGGAGGCGGCAAGAAGUUCUCGCGCGACCUACAACCGCUGAAUGCAGAUGGCGAGGUCGUCGGCAUGUGGGGUGAGCAACCCGACAAAGUCGACGAGGAGUCCUCCGAAGAAGAAGAAUCUUCGGAGGAAGAGUCCGACGAGGAGGGUGGCAAGCCCGAACAAGAAGAGUUGACGCGUGAGCAGCGCCGUGAGCUCGCAAAGAAGCGCAAGGCGGCCGCGAUUGCGAAGAAGUCACAGAAGACCCCCGAGGCAGGCGACAUGCCCACCGACUCCUCUGAAGACGAAGACGAUGAUAUGCCCGCGAACCCAAACCACACUGCAAAAGCCCGUACACAAGCCACAAAGGCCCCUGUCGAUCCAGAAGCUGAGCCCGUCGCUAAGGGAAAGGGAAAGCAACAGGACCUCUCCCAGCUCUCCCGCCGCGAGCGUGAGGCUCUCCAGGCGCAAGCCAACAAAGAUCGAUACGACAAACUACACGCUGAGGGCAAGACUGAGCAGGCGCGAGCCGAUCUGGAGCGCUUGAAGCUGGUUCGUGAGCGCAGGGACGCUGAGGCUGCGCGAAAGAAGGCUGAGGCAGAAGAGCGUGCUGAGCUGGAGAAGGAGAAGAAGGAGCUCAUGGAGCGUGAGAACAGGCGGCGAGAGCAGGCCAAGGGCAAGGCCGAACGUCUUGCUAAGGGCGGCAAGAAGAAGGCCUAG